CUCGUCCAUUGAGGCUGCAAAGCUGACCACCAUAUCGCCUGCUGGUGGGCUGGGCAACAGGAAGAAAAUAGAAUGGCGACAGAGCAGGCUUUUCUUGAAAAUGUUUUUCUUCCCCAUGUUUUGCGACUUGUUGUCACACCUGUACACACUGAAACGGUUGAUCAAACCAACGUUUGACAUUUUAAGGCUUGCGAAUUGCUUUUAUCUUUUGAAUGCGAACUUGAACAUUGAGUUAGCAUCAUUGUCGUACUCUGGAUACCUUCUAGUCCCUCUCCAUCCAAUACGAAGUAGCUCUCGGGCAAUUUCUCGGCUGGUCGCAACACAUCCACGGGAGCCAUGGCGCUCACUCACGACUACAAUCCCCUCAGUGGAAGCGAGGACACCAAAGACGAGAUUGACAGCAACAGCAGGCCGCCCGUGAGCAUAGCAUGGUCCAAAUAUAUUCUAUACAUGCUGCUCGUGGCAUGCGCUGGUUUUGGUGCAGCGUUUGGCACGGUUUUCGCCUUAUCUUUACUUAGACCGGGGACGAGCGACACGACUGCAUCUCCCGCCGCUACUACCACUUCUCUGUCCGCAGACACUGUACUGCCCACUGCCUCCGUCGAGCAUCUGGCCGGCCAGGCCGAUGAGACCAACCCGUUGGCGGGCAAAGUCCUCGAUUGCGGAUACUCUCCCACAGAAGCGCGGGCCAAGGGCUGCGUAUACGAUGUCAUGAUGCAGGAUUGGGUCCCAGAACCGUGUUAUGACAGCCUGUUGACAGAAAGAUACCUUGCCAGAGGAAAUUAUACUUGGUAUGCGGACAUGAAUGGGAAUGUCAUGCCGGACGAAGAAAUGCGCAAGGGUGAACACAGCGCAGCAUGGAUGUCGGGAGAUUACCACAAAGAUCACUGUAUCUUUUCUUGGGAAAAGCUCAUCCGAGCAAUGCGAAACAACUGGCCCAUUAGCCAGGAGUUGGUGUCCUACGACCAUGUCCUGCACUGUCAGCAUCAGACUUUGGGGGAGGAUGGCCAUACUCACAAGCGCGACGGAGGUAUUGGCGUCAUGGCACCAACCAAUUAUGCCAAAUGUGCACUCUACAGUACAUGGAAAACGGAUUUCAUCCCAGAUAAACAUGCCGCAGACACUAAAUAAGAAUUAAUAAUCGACUUUAUGCUAAUGAGAAAAGACAACAUUGGACCUCACACUCAAGAAGAUCAAGGAAGGCGUGUAGAUUCUCCUUGCGCGUCUGCUGACUUUGUUGCCGUCAAAUAUCCGUUCCAUAACCAGGGACAUCUACCCUCGCAGGUUCCGCUCAGCAAAUUUCCUGGACAAUCCUUGGCUCCUUGGGUUAAUCUCUGGAGACUCAAUCAAUUGUGUGGGCUCAUCGAAUGCCCGAGAGCAUGCCGGAACUCCUUCAACACUAUGGCCUUAUCGUGAGGUUUUGUCUGAGCGACCCGACUUUCUGCUCCGUCCCAACUUUUUCGGUAUGAAGAAUGAGGAACGAAAUGAACAAAAACUUGCUUGAAUUGUUCAGUCAUCUUCGAGCACCUUUCGAAUGUACCCGUUCAGAGUUCUUGGCUUUGUCCCUGGAAAGCAUCCGUCGCCUUUGUCCUAUGCCUCCGACAGAACGAUCGCCAUCCCUCACACUCUGUGGGAUCAGAAACUCAUCAUCCCUGGUUGCUAUGUACACAGUGUUCUAAGAUGUUGAUGUCCGAGUUUAGCCUAUUCUCAAGAAACUCGUCCUACAUUGGGGAACUUCGGUAAUCUUGUUCGAAGUCCAGAUUCCUGUACCGCUUGUUGGGCCCUUGAAUGCUUCAAAGUCCAUGCUCAGCUACACUUUUAAGUGAGAUUCAUAGAAAAAAAAUUGGUUUGAUUGGAGGUUUAAUGAAAAUAGAAAUAAUUGGCCCACCAAGAAAAGUUGUUUGAAGAAAUGAAAAAAUCCUUCAAGCCGCCGUCAGUUAAAAUGCUAUAUCUAAACGCUCAUUCAGAUAUGCUCCCCAUAGA